AGAGUUUUGAGACUUAAAUGACUUAACAAAUGUAUCCCCUACCGAUCUGGCACAGUGCCUGGUGCACAGUGACUGCUCGAGAAAGAGGUUUUAUUAUAAAAGCGCUAACUCGUUCCAAUUGAAAGUGUUCCUGAUGUCCCACUGGCAGUUUGUCAUUACGCAUGUUCUCAACAAAAACUAAACGUUUGCCGUAUUUUUCUUUCAAGAGUUAAAAGUGAAGGCUGGGAACGCACGGCCCCCUUCCCCCCACAAAAGUGCGCGCUGUGUGCGACUUUAAAUAGUGGCAUCACGGCCUCUGUGGGUGGUGUGCUCACUCCCUGCCUGUCCCACUGGUACUUGCUCCUUACAACCACGCCAAGAGCGCGUACUAAGAUCGUCCCGGUUUUAUUUAUGGGGCAACCGCGGCCCGGGAGCGGGAAACGGACUUGUGGUGGUCCCGGCAGGAGCAGAGAGGGAGGUGCCCAUAGGCGGCCCCCGCGCUGUGCAUUUUCCGCGUCCUCCAGCAGAGGGGCCGGCGGCGGGCUGGGCGUCCCGCAUAAUAGCCGCUUUGAUGCCGGCGGCCGGGCACAGGGGAGGGGAGGGGAGGCGGGCCGGAGGGAAGGGAGGGGUGUGUCCGGCUGCCCGCGCCUUUCCUCCGCCCCUCGGUUCCGCCGCCACACGCCACCGGAGCUCGAACGGGUGCCGGUCCCUCCUCCACGUUCCUCGCCGCUGCCGCGAAGCCCCGAGACGGCGGGAGCCGGGUGCUCACCAUGUCGGUCGCGCUCAGCAACAGGUUUCAAGGAGGGAAAGCGUUUGGCUUGCUCAAAGCCCGGCAGGAGAGGAGGCUGGCGGAGAUCAACCGGGAGUUUCUCUGUGACCAGAAGUACAGUGAUGAAGAGAACCUGCCAGAAAAGCUCACAGCCUUCAAAGAGAAGUACAUGGAGUUUGACCUGAACAAUGAAGGCGAGAUCGGAUCUGCUUUUCCUCCGGCAGACCUGAUGUCUUUAAAGAGGAUGAUGGAAAAGCUUGGGGUCCCCAAGACCCACCUGGAGAUGAAGAAGAUGAUUUCGGAGGUGACAGGUGGGGUCAGCGACACCAUCUCCUACCGAGACUUUGUGAACAUGAUGCUGGGGAAACGGUCGGCUGUGCUCAAGCUAGUCAUGAUGUUUGAAGGAAAGGCCACCGAGAGCAGUCCCAAGCCAGUCGGUCCCCCUCCAGAGAGAGACAUUGCCAGCCUGCCCUGAGGACCCCGCGGGGACCUGUCCCUGCCCUCCCUGCCCCACCCCUCCCUCCUGAUCUUGCUGCACUUCUGGACUCAUUGCAAUGUCUUUUUUUUUUUCCUGGUUGUUGGGCAUGAUUGUUUUUUCAUCUGCAGAAUCUGAUCUCUUUGUAAAGCACAAAUGAUCUGCCUUAAAGGGGCUCUGGGGCCCCUCCCUCUCUUCUUCCCUCCUUCCCCACUCCCUGUGCAGAAGGGCUGACAUCAAACCAAAAACCGGAAGUGGCGGGGCCAGGGCAGGGAAGCUGGAAGCCUGUGAUCCCCACACUUGGAGCCGGCAUUGUCCAUCCUUGCUGGAGGUCACUGAGCUAAGUCCAGGCUCGCUGGCCUGGCUCUGGUGAGGACCUCAGCCCACUUUCAGAAGACCCUGGAGUAGGGACGAGGCUGCAGGGCCUCACUAGGGUUUCCUCAGAUGCUCUGAAGUUCCGGUGCUCUCAGGUUGUCCAGGACGUGGCCACUCACUGCCCCAGCUGAUCCCCGCUCGGGCCACACUUCUUCUCGCCCUUAAUGAGGUGCAGAAGGAGACAAGGAGAGGGGCUUGGUAAUUGGAGACCCUCAAGAAGGUUCUGGAAGGAAUCUUCUGGCCUUACCCCUUGUCCACACCUUCAUAGACAGCUCAGAGGGAGCCCUGUCCCUUGCUGGGGCAGCAGAGGGCUUCAGAGGUAGAGGGGAGGCCAGGGGCCUUGGGGAGCGGGGUUCAGCUCAGUCUAGUCCCACCUUUUAGGAGGAUGCUGAGGGCAACAGGCUAGGGGAAUGAGGAAUAAAAUGUUCACGGCAAAAAGUCAGCACCACUGUUAAGCCAAGAACUGAGACACAGGAGGUUGCCUUUCUGAUCCCAGUCUGCUUGAAAACCGACUGCUUCCCCCACGACCUGCCCAACUUACUCAGACCAUUCAUUUACUCAGUCAUUCAACAGAUAUUUAUUGACCAUCUAUUAUAAGCUUUAAGGCCGGCCCCCUCCACUUUGUCCUGACAUGUGCUGUGUCCACUGUCUCUAACUCAUUUCCCCAUUUCCAAAUCGCCCAAAACCCUUGAGCAUGGGGAUUCCAUUGGGGUCACCUGUGUCCCUUAUUAUGGACUCACAGGGUCUUAGAGGUCUGAUCCCCCUGUAGGUUAGCUGGGCCAGUCCUCACAUUUCACAGGUAAGGAAACUGUGGUGGCCCCCAGGGAUUAAGUGCCUGGCCCAAGGUUAGGAGUUAAUCGAGAUGGAAGAGUCUGGACUGAAGCCCAGGUGUUCAGAUGGCCUGCCCGUGCAUCACCUCUGCUCGGGGCUGCUUCCGUCAGUGAGGAAAACAAGGGAAGGGGCAGGGCGAGGCUAUUUCCUAGGACAGCACUUGGGGCGGGGCCUGGGCCAGGACUCACCUUUUCCAGUGCCUCUGAGUUAGCAGCAGGAUCAGGGGACAGGCCAGGCCUGCCUCUGCGGUUCCGCCUUCCCCAGGGCUUCUGAGCUAAGCCACUUCUCAGAACUCACGCAGGAAGCUGUCACACUCGGCCCCAUCUUGGCUGAGCAGGGACCCCAGCCUUGACCGCACCUGUGUUCUGGAGCCCCUUACCCUGCCUGCUCAGGACUUAGAAGCAAUCAUCAGUUGGACAUAUUUGUUAAGCACCUGCUAUGGGCCGAGAGCUAAGAACCCAGUCAUGAAAUAGACAGUUACGUGAAAUUUAAGAGCCUAGUGAGGAAGUCAGACUCGGACAAGGACGAGUUAGAUGAAAGGAAAGGGGGGCCAUGGGGUGACUGCACUGCAAUCCUGGGGAGACCAAGAUGGGCUCAAGACUGAGCAAGAGCCUUGCAAAAGCAUUUGCCAAACCUUAAGUGGAAAUGUCUGGGUACUGUUAGAGCCACGGUGGGCUCUCUGUGGCUCCUCAGUGACCCACAAUCAAAGACCCAAGGAGCUGCCUUACAGCAGCUUAAGGGAGUGGAGCAGGUCGGGGAUGGGGUAAGGGCCAGGCUGGGAUAAUUUGCUGGUCUCAACCAGUUCAGGAGCAAGACUACCUGGCCGUGGCUGGUUGGUCCUUAGGCUAAGGAGCUGCUCAAAUGCACAGGCCUAGUUGAAGUUUAAACCCCAGCAAAACAGUUUUCCCUGUAAAUGUAAAAUCUCACCCCACCCCCUUCCCUGCCUUGGUUUUUUUCCACCCGAGAUCAUUAUUUGAGCAACUGCCUGUCCCCACCCCUUCCCACUACGUCUCCUCUCUAGGACACGACGAGACCUUUGAGCAAGGUCAAGUCUUGACUCCCCGUCACAUCGUCAGUGUACUUGGUCCUCACUCAGAGAGGAGGGCACAACCAACCAGGCUUAUUUUCCACAGGUUCCCCAGUUUACAAGGCCAUGGGAAGCCUUAAGGGGGAGCGAGUGGGUGUGUCCCCAGCUUCUGGAAAGAGCAGGACAGAGCGUUCAUUGGAUAGGAGUAUCCUGGGACACCACACAAGUUCCUUUGCCAUUUCUUGGAACUCAGCUGGUGGAGGGAGAGGGGCUUGAGUGGUUUCUGGAAAGGGGGGGGCGCUGCAUAUAUUUCAGGUUGUGGCUGUUGGCCCUGGGACUCUUACUUCUCUGGCUAAGGGCUCAUUUUCUUAGAAUUUCAGCUAUCUCUCUGAAAGACCAAAUCUAACUAAUGUAACCAGAAACUUGGGGAUUGCCAAGUGUGGCUUUGUCCCUGCAACUCAAAAGGAAGGAGUGUGUGGGGCAAGUUCAAGUGGAUGCAGUAUGUGUGCGCGUGCGUAUGAGAGUGUGUGGUGCCAGAUACCAUCUCUGCACACUGGGAAUAAAACAGACAAACUGUCAA